AUGUCGAAAGAAUAUAUGUUUCUAGAAAAAAAUGAAAUUUAUGAUUACAUGGUUCCACUUAUAAUGUUUUCUGCCCUUCAAUUCCUUUAUGCAUUUAUCAUUGGUAUACUUUGGAAAAAGAAUUACUGGAAAUUUCAACAUAAAUUAAAGUACGAUUUUGGUGCUAAAGGCAAAG